CGCAGAUGAGGAUCAAGCGGUUGAAAAAGAAAAACGCGAAGUAUAUGCUCAGAUCCUGGAUGUCGUUUUUCAAGUCUGCGGCUCACAGACUUUGGUUUUGCCCACACACGUGAAGCGACUUGCAGGAACAUUUCGGAAGGAGUUUCCGCGCUUCGCGCAGAAUCUCAUAGCGCCUCCACCAAAUCCGCGUCCACCAAAUCCACGUCCAUCAACAUCUGGAUCAGUACGAGCACCUCCACUGUCUGUCGUGCCUGGUGCAUCCUCGGCAGCGGCUUCCUCAUCAGGAGUUGUAGGAACUAGUUCAAAGCCAACAUUAAUAUUGAGUACUUCUGGCGCAAGGAGCGUCGACUCGGCCCGCUUAGUGGCCGAAAGCGCGCCGAUGUGCCUGCCGCUUGCGAAGAUGGACUUUGACGCGAUUGAGCAGCCGCCUCCACAAGGUUUUUUUGCCACAGCGGAGGAUCUGGCAGUACAUAUGACCGCAACGCCGGAGUCUGAGCAUAUGCUAGCACGCCUUGCUACGCUCUCUUCGAAAAAAGCUGCGCUUAGCAAGACGGGUUCUUAUGGUGCAACAAAGGCUCACAUCAAGAAGAAAGCGCUGCAGAAGAGUGGAAUAAAGACUGCUAGGACGCAAAUGUCACUUUUUCCUCCGGGUUCAGCUUCACGUGAAAAAGAAGCUGAAGAACAAGAAAGGGAGCUAGAACAGAUUGAAAUGGAAAAACUUAGUAUCGCGGAGUCACGUGUUUUGCAGCAGCUGGGACAGCAACAGCACACCGCUGAAAAUUUUCCGAUUUUUAGCAUUGCUUAUCUAGACGAGGAAACGCUCUUCUGUGGUACUAACAACGCAUUGUGUCGCUUUGACGUCACUGAUAACAGUUGCACCGAUUGGAUUUGGACUGCAACGGACCGCAGUGGAAACGGAAUAAGUGUCUCCCCCAGUGCCCCCACUCCCUCCAGUUCAUCUUCGUCCUCCGGUACGUCUUCAAGAGUUGGCGGAACUUGCGAGCGCAUCGUUUCUCUUUCGCAUAAUAGACUCGGCGACCGCGUGUGUGCUGGUAGCAUGACGCAGAUGUUGGGGACCUCCAACGCGGUCUCCGUGCGAGGCUCCUGGGUGCAACUCUGGAAAGAUAGCGAUGGAGUCUGGCAAGUCGACUCGUCGACGGAGCAAUUCAAACGAGUCUCAAGAAGUUGCUUUCUGGGAGACGCGGUUUGCCUCUCCGUAACGACUGUCGAAGAACACGCUGUCUUGGUACAAGGCGAGGCAGGAGGCAUGCGAGGAGUUAGGAAGUAUCAUGAUGCUACUUCUACUGAUUCAUCAUGAUCUGUUUUCUCGGAACAAUGAGAUGUAGACGAUAGAGCAGCAUCAACAUCAAGAGCAAAGAGAAAAAAAUGCUGGACAAAGCAAAUAUAGAACAUCUACUCGAAGUGGGCUAGUAAAUCGGUCUGUAGUGCUAGUGGGUCUCUUGUCCUUUUAACUAUUUGUACCCUGUGCAUGUUUCUUAAAUUUUUUCUCGUUAUAGCUUCAUAGCUCAAGUAUCUGAUUCUGACGCAAAGAAAAGAACCUAAAAGUCUCCAUUUUUAAUCCUGAAAAACACUAUUCUAAGGUUUCCGCUUCUUUCGGCGGCCGCAGAUCUAGUCGCAGUCGAUCCUUUCUGCUUUGCAGCAGUAACGCGUGCGCCGUCCGCGAGCUUGCUGCUGUUUGACAUACGACAAAAGGCAGAGUCUGCCACUCAAUUUUCUCUCUCGCAGACAGACCUAACUUGCGUCGCUUCUGUCGAUCUUCCAGUGGGCACUGAGGGCAUUGCAACAAGCACAGUACUCGUAGUUUCAUAUAUAUAAAAUUACAACUUGCUGCUCGAAAUAAUCUAUGACUGCUGCUACUGGUAUAAUCAGCAUGAAGUACUAGACUCCAGAACUAGAUGAAGUAGAAGAAGUCCUCUUGUGCUCCUCUUCCUCGUGCAAAUACUAUUGCAACUACUUAGUAUCGUGGUUUCCCUAGUACUAACCUCUGAUGUGCUCGAUUCAGGCUAUCCUCUGCGCUGGUGACGGUUUGUUUCAUUUUGACCGGAGAAACAUGUUGAGUGGACCUGUCGCUGGCCGCGAACUGAUCGGGACCGCUUUCCGUAUGCAUGGAAUACGACGUAGGAACUUCUGUGCCUUGUUGGAUUCUAGUGGCGUAUACACUGCAAAUGUCUCAGAUGGUAUCAUGUCGCUGGUGCUGUCGGCAGAAGCGCGCACCUCGAAUCCGGAAGAGCUAACGUUUGCACGGCAAGCGCCCACGUGCUACGACUUGACGACGGGUGGCGAUUCCGUCUUCGUUUCGAACAAAUUAGGCGUGGAACACUACAGAACAGAAGUAUUACCAGCGCCAGUGGUGUACUGAUGAAGAGGAAUCGAAUCUUCACAACGAACCACUUAUGAUGGAACAAGUGAUGAUACAUAAUGAUAAACUUUUCACACUCACUACAGGGACAGGCACAGAAAUGGGGACAAUAGAUAUAGAAGAUCUCUACCUCAAGUAUAAAACUGAACUUGUCCUUGACGCAUACGCCGCCAGCGCAUAGUCUAUUUACGGAACUUUUGAGCAUCAAGAUCACCUUCAUCAACGAACUGAAAAGAAAAGCACCCCACGUAAGUUUGGCAAGAUCAAUGUUCCUAUUAGUCCCAGGUACUAGUGGUACAGGUACUGCGUCUGGGGCUUCUUUGCAUGAUCUUAUAGUUAUAGAU